AUGCUACUUUUUCUACCUGUCCAGCUCUUAGCAGGUGUUUUAGGGAGCAUUGUGAUUAAACCAGACAGGUGCUGGCAGAUAACAGCGACACCAGCGGCAGACCAUAGGUAUAACAGCAUUCUGCUGCAUCAGGAGGGCUGAACCACAGCAGCACUUUACAGGCUGCAGGUGGUGACUAAACGUUAGGUGGGAUGAAUCGCCACUCACGGUCGUCUAGGGCUGUUUGUGUCUGCACCACCAACAUCAGCAGUGGCUGUAAAGACGCUUUCUGCAUCGCUAAUCCGCUCUGAUGUCGCGGUGGAGAAGGAGGGGCUCUACGCUUUAAUCCACAGCCAGUUGACUGGAGGGACAAGCUGAGCCAAGCGAGCAGGCACGGGGACAGGGGCGACGUGUACUGCAGCAGAUCCGGGCCUCGCUCCUCCUGUGACAUGCAAGUAAAUGAUUAAAUGUCAGGUCCGGCCGCCGGGGACGGAAGACUGGUUUAGUGCGGGGCAGGGCGGCCGAAUAGUUAUGUGUUCUGGUCGUUUUCGCUGAUGGUAGAUCCGAUACCUGCUGAUGUAACCGGCGGGUUGGCCAGGCCUAUACCGCCAGGUGAGCAAUUUGGGUUGAUUACGGAUAUAAAUGCCGCCCCUGGAGACGCCGUUGUGAUGAGCAAUUGCUGUGCUUGUCGCCGCUGUGAUCGUUUUUUGAAGUGAAUCUCCCUCCGUUGAUUUGUGUCCAGCUUUCCUUUGAGAUUGUUUAGGGGAUGACCACCUGCUUCUACAUGGGUGAUAAUUGAUGUAAGUGUGAUCCUGCAGAAGUUGGCGUCCGUUGCACAUGCUGUGCUGGGGCGACGCGCAGCCAAGGUUGUGCUCUGAACAGGAUUUCCUUUGAGACAAAAGGAUCAUAAUCUGAAAAUCAGUUGCAUCACGCCCCAGCCAUGAGCCACAAGUAUCAGGGAGAGGCAACGGGGGAAUCAGGUGGGGAGCACAAGGUUCCUCUGAAGAACAGGCAGUCUAAUGGGAUGACUCCCGGGGAGCCUCCUGUACGUCGGUCCUGGAGGCCGUGUCAGAUGCUCAACCAGGAUGGGGAAGUGAAUCCUCCUCCGCAUCAUCAUCACCACCAACCUCCACACUACCACCACCCUCCUACAGGACGUGGACCCUCUCGGCACCGUCGGCGGCUCCCGUCAGGGCAGGGGCAAGGCCAGAGUCAGCCUCAACGUCCUGGUCUGGUCCCAGUGGUGGCUUCUUCCAGGCCGGAGGGGCAUGACAGUCAUGAUGCUGAGACUCGUCCCGUCCAGCAACCUCGCCGUGCUGUCACUCGCUACCGCCGUCAUGGUGACCCUAACCCCAGACUCAGAGGUCACAAACAGAGGCAGCCAGUUCGAGAGAUCGAGAACUUUUCAUCUGGGGUGGAUUUGACAGAAGGUUCACUGGAGUUGCAGGUGCAGCAGCGUUCAUCAUAUGAUUCUGUAAUGGACCAAUCACAGGACAGUCCCCAGCAGACUCCCAUUGCUGUUGUCACUCCCACCCACUUUUCAGCUGGUCCUUCAACCCAUAUUGUUCAGUUUCACCCCCACCACACUCCUCUCGUUCAGGCGGAGGAGGAUCUCCAGAACUAUGAAGUGGAGUGUGAAGUAGAAUUGGAAGAAACUAAGGAGAAGGCUGAAGAGCAAGAACAGGUGCGAACAGCUACAGGUCAAGCCACCUCCAGCCAUCAUAAUGACGUUCAGACAGUUGAUGUUGGAGCAGAGGAGUGUGCAGAAAAGGUGGAGGAGGAUCAGGAAGAAGUGAUGGAUCUUGUAAUGGAGGACAGUGCAGUUCAGAGAAAUGAAAUCACAGAUCUCUGCUCUGACACGGAGAGCGCCGCCUCACUCAGUAUGGAUGGGCCUCUCCACAGCCCGCCACCACUCCAUUCACCAACUCCUGCUUCGUCCCCUGAUGUUCCACUUUUUGCCCAGUUAGACCACUUCAGUGAGGACACCAGCAUGAGCCCCAUACCUGACAAUGACCUACCUGAGGAUGAAGAUGAGUAUUCGUCUCAGUCAUGCUCGCUGUCGCACUCCACUUCCUGCUCUGAAUCUUAUCCAAAGACCUAUGCUGACUUUUAUACAGAGUCCCACCAAAAGUCUUACUCGGAGCCUGUCUACAAGUCCUAUUCAGAGCCAAAACCCCAUCCUAACUCUUUUCCUGAGCCCCUUAAGACCCCCUAUCCUGAGUUACACAGAGAACCUCGCAGGCAACCUAGUUGGAUGACUGAGGCUAAUGAGAUGCAGCAGGAGUCCCGCCAGGAGUCCCGCCAGGAGUCCCGCCAAGAGCCCCGCCAGGAGCCCUUUACCAGCCAUAGACAGGAGAAUGUACAAAAACCGACUCCAUUCUUGCCCACCAAGGGCUGCCAUCAUGCCCCAAGGCAGGUCAGAGACCGCAGUUCGCAUCAGUCCUCUCUGGACCGUUCUGUUGGCUGCCGGCUGCAUCACUAUGACGGUCAGUCUGACACUGAGGGAGAUAAUGUCAAUCAAAGCCCCAUUCCCAGAAGUUGCAGGCAGCCAUCCAGGCAAGUUGAAUUCCAGGCCAAGGGCCCCUCAUCUGAGCAGAGUGGCUUAGGAGAGGCCCAGAAUGGGCAGAACCCGGUGAGUCUUCCAGGGGAGGAAGGUUCAAGGGGCUCAGGAGAUGCCAUCAGCCUGGCCAUUAAAGACAUCAAAGAGGCGAUUGAGGAGGUGAAGACUAAGACUGUGCGCUCCCCAUACACACCUGACCAGCCAGUGGAGCCUAUCUGGGUGAUGAGGCAAGAGAUCAGUCCCACGGAGGAUGUAUACCCACUGCAGACUGCAACUGGCCAUUCCUCACCUCACUCCCCCUCUCAGUCGAUGUCUGAGUCUCCAUUCCACUCUGCCACAGUUUCAGUUCGGGAGCCGCUCAGUCCGCAGAGAGCUGAGUCAUCCAGAGCACUUCAUCACCAGCCUUAUCACGAGCAGCAGCCCCAACACAACCAUCACCACCACCAAAGCCACCAGUCACAGCACAGGGACGUGUCGAGGCCGCCACAGACACAUGCACAGCCGCAGUCAUACAGUGGUCAACAACAGAUUCAACACCAACAAGAGCAUCAGAAGCCUCCACCUCAACAGUCGAGGACACAAGUUCAACAGUCGCCUCCACAGCAGUCGUCUGUCCAGGAGAUUCGCAGAUCUCUUCCCCCGUUUCCCACAUUUGUGGAUGUCCCGGGACCAUGUGACCCCGAAGACCUAAUUGAUGGCAUCAUCUUUGCAGCAACCUACCUGGGUUGCACCCACCUGCUGUCAGAGAGGACGCCCACAAAGAGCGCCCGCAUGCAGCAGGCACAGGAGGCCAUGAACCGAGUUCGGGCAGCUCAGAAGCAGGCGAAGAACAGGAAAAAGAGCCCGGACGGGGAGGCUUCGUCCACUGCUGAGGUUGACCUGUUCAUGUCCACCCAGAGGAUCAAAGUACUCAAUGCAGACACUCAGGAAUCUUUAAUGGACCUGCCAUUGAGGACAAUAUCCUACAUAGCCGACAUCGGUAACAUGGUGGUCCUGAUGGCCCGGGGAAAAAUGGUUCGGUCUCGCAGCGCACAGGAUAACCUGGACCACACAGCAGAGCAAACCAGCAUGACCCACGACGACAGACGGCUGUACAGGAUGAUCUGCCACGUCUUCGAGUCCGAGGAUGCCCAGCUGAUAGCUCAGUCAAUCGGCCAGUCUUUUAGCGUCGCCUACCAGGAGUUCCUCAGGGCCAACGGCAUCGACCCCGAGGACCUGAGCCAGAGGGAGUACAGUGACCUGCUCAACACUCAGGACAUGUACAACGAUGACCUCAUUCACUUCUCCAAGUCGGAGAACUGCAGAGACGUUUACAUUGAGAAGCAGAAAGGGGAGAUCCUGGGUGUGGUGAUAGUCGAGUCAGGGUGGGGCUCCAUCCUCCCUACUGUCAUCAUAGCCAGCAUGAUGCACGCUGGUCCUGCUGAGAGGUCUGGUCGACUCAACAUCGGAGACCAGAUCAUGACCAUCAACGGGACGAGCCUGGUGGGUUUACCGCUCAGCACCUGCCAAAGCAUCAUCAAGGGUCUAAAGGCUCAGUCCAGGAUAAAGAUGAACAUCGUCAGGUGUCCUCCUGUCACCAUGGUGCUCAUCCGCAGGCCCGACCUCAGAUAUCAGCUGGGCUUCAGUGUCCAGAAUGGUAUUAUCUGCAGCCUGAUGAGGGGAGGUAUCGCUGAGAGAGGAGGCGUCCGUGUUGGUCACCGCAUCAUUGAGAUCAACAGCCAGAGUGUUGUUGCAAUACCUCAUGAGAAGAUCGUUCAGAUCCUGUCUAAUGCCAUGGGAGAGAUCCACAUGAAGACGAUGCCUGCGGCCAUGUACCGUCUGCUGACGGCACAGGAGCAGCCUGUCUACAUCUGAACACACUUCUCCCUCUUCACUGUUGUCCCUCCAUCUUUGACUUGUUCAAAUACCUUUCACCUCUCUAUAUCCUGUUUGAUAGCACUGGACUUGCCUUAAUCUGUACAGCCCACGGUCAUGUAAAUACGUGCACCUGCAGUAUGACAGCAGAAGGAUUAUCUCACUAGGUCAAGUAUUAAUGUGACGUGUUACAUUUGACUGAAGCAAUAUCGUGGGUUUUAUUGUGCAUAUUUAGGAGGCAAAUAGUAAAUAUUAUCUUGGGUUAAAUAGCUGUUAAUACCUGAAUGUACUCAAAUCAUGUUGGACCUCUGAGUUGUCAGGGUGACCCAAUUCAAACCCGAAGCGUUCAAGUCAAAGGGGAAUGCAUGUACAGUUCUGCUGAAUAAACUAAAGGAAAUGCAACAGCUCAUAAACUCUGGUUUGUUUUAUUCAACAGGAUUUGAACUGAAAGCAGCUGGCUGUUAAUUCAGAAAAUGAAUUUCCUGGUCAAGAGCACGGAGGUAUGCAAGAAACCUUUCAAAUCUAUCACCACCGCUCUAAAAGAUUUUAAAUACUUUUUCAAAUUGUUUUGCUCAAAA